AUGAAUGUUAAAGUGGCAAAGAAGGCCAUUAUUGAAGGUUUUCAUAGAACUGAUGAUUCACUACUGCAGGAAAGUACUGAAGGAAACUGGCAAGAUGGUGCAACAGCUGUAUGUGUUUGGGUCUUGGGACAGAUGGUUGUGGUUGCGAAUGCCGGGGAUGCUAAGGCAGUAUUAGCUCGUUCUACUUCAACUGAUGACGAAGUUCCAGUGGUUGAUACUAGAAGUCUACUGAAGGCCAUUGUUUUGACGAGAGAACAUAAAGCCAUCUUUCCGCAAGAGUGGUCGAGAAUCCAGAAGCCUGGGGGUUCUGUUGGUCCUAAUGGGAGAAUGCAAGGACGCAUUGAAGUAUCUAGAGCUUUUGGAGAUCGCCACUUUAAGAAGGUUGGGUUAAUUGCAACACCAGAUGUACAUUCGUUUGAACUUACAAAGAAGGAUCAUUUCAUCAUUCUUGGCUGUGAUGGCUUAUGGGGAGUAUUUGGACCAAGUGAUGUUGUUGAAUUUGUCCAGAAGCAAUUAUAG